CUCGCGAGAAGGAAACGAAAGAUAGACAGUGUCGGUGGCGAAAUGAGGUGCAGGCCGGCCGCAUUGCCCGGUGAGCGGUGCCGCCGCAAUGAAACGAAUGCAUAAAAAUUAAUACCCUAAACUUUUAAGUUGGGCCCGGUCCAUGAUCAAAUCAGGUUCGGGUACGGUAUCCUCUCAAGAGAACCCAAACCCGUGCGUUGGCUAUCGGGUAUGAAUUUUAGGAUCCGCGAAGGAAGGCCGCAAAAGAGGGCAACGGGAACGCAGUGCUGAUCGGGACACCAUUCUCCCUUUCUUGCUCGAUCGAUCGAUCGAUCGAUCAUGGCGUCUUCCAUCUCCUCUUCCGUUCUCCGCCUUCUUUCAUCUCCUAGGAUCCUCCCAAAUCCCUCCGCUUUCUCCUCCAUUAGCGCCUUCCUUCUCCCCUCGAGAUCGCUCGUCUUCUCCUCCCCCAUCUCCUUCCAACCCCUCCCCAAAUCGCCCCCCUUAGCCGGUCCCCUCCGCGCACAACAGCAGCAGCAGCGGGAGGAAGAUCGAGAAGCCACCGCCUCCGUCGACGUUUCUCUCCUCCCUCCCAAGCUCCGCGACAUCAUCGCCCUUUUCCAGUCCGUCCCCGAGCCCAAGGCCAAGUACCAGCAGCUCCUCCACUACGGCGCCCGGCUGCCGCCUCUCGAUCCGGCCUUCAAGAUCGACGCCUACCGAGUUCGCGGUUGCGUCUCCCAGGUCUGGGUCCGCGCCUUCGCAGACCCCGACGACCCCGCCGCCGUCCGCUUUGAGGCAGAUUCCGACUCCGCCCUCACCAAGGGCCUCGCGGCCCUCCUCGUCUCGGGCCUUUCCGGUUCCCCUGCCUCCGUGAUUGCCCGAGUCCCACCCGACUUUGUUCAACUCCUUGGCCUUCGCCAGAGCCUGACUCCCUCCCGGAACAAUGGAUUCCUCAACAUGUUAAAGCUCAUGCAGCAGAAAGCCCUCCAGCUAUACAUAGAAGACGCCAAGGCAGAGAAAAAUAAGGCCAUAGAAUCUGAGACGAAGGGUACAGGUAAAGUAGAGAAAGAUCCAAUCUUGGAUCAAGAAAAAGCCAAGGAAAUCAGCAGGGAAUCGCUCUCGCCGAGCAAUGGCAGUGCGAGUCCAUCCAUCAGUUCUGUGGCCGAUAAAAAAGAUAGUUCUGAAAUCUAUGGGGACGGGAUUGGUGGGAGAAAAAAGAGGAUUGUGGUGAGAUUGCAACAAGCUCUGUCUCCUAUGGAAUUGGAGGUGAAGGAUGUGUCUUAUCUCCACGCUGGCCAUGCUGGAGUCAGGGGGAGCGCCGAUGGAGAAACUCAUUUCAAUGUCAGGGCGAUCUCGAAGGAGUUCGAAGGGAAGAGCUUGGUGAAGAGACACAGGCUUAUAUAUGAUCUGCUGCAAGAAGAGCUGCAGCAAGGAUUACAUGCGCUCUCCAUCGAUGCCAAAACUCCAUCAGAAGCUCAAUGAAGUUAAGUUUCUCAUUACUUAUUCCUUCUUGUUUUUCCCACUAUCGAAUGAGGGACCAUGAUUUUAGAGCAUCCAUAGAUUUAUGAACAGGCUGAAAGAAAGUUUUUCUCUUCCAAUGUUUAGCUAGUUAAACACAUGAUAUCUUCAGAAUACAAUCAUGUUCGAUUAUGCUUGUGUUUAAUUUCUCUGUUUAUUGUUAGUAAUUUCAGCCUUCUUGUGAUCUAGUUAAUCCUAAUCACAUAAUUUCGUUUUAUUUGAAUGCACUAGAUUUUGUCAACUUUUACGAGUUUCCUUGGAACUGUGAUCAUUGUUGUGGAAUUUCAUGCCACGGCAACAAUUCAAAUUUUGCUAAUCUAUGCUCAUGGUGGCAAAAGGUGAAUACGCUUCGCCCUAGCGCCCCUGUCCCAGGGCCAACACGAAGGAGGUAAUCACGGGUGACUACUAGCCUUUGGAAUAGUGACUAACACAUAAGGGAGAUAUUUACCUCGGCUUUGCCGAGAUUCGAACCUCAGACCUCAUGAUAAUAACACCUCAUGUGCUAACCAUUAAACCCAUCCGAAGGGACCUGCUAAUCUAUGCUCAUGAACUUUCAAUUUCAUGAGUAAAUGUUUUAUUAAGAUAAUUAGAAUUUUUAUUAAACAAUUAUUAUUUUAUUAGUAAUCAUUCAUAUUAAUAAGUAGAAUUAUAGAUGAAUCAUAUGUUAGUAAGUGAAUGAAAGGGAUCCCGAGGGAAAGGAAUCCCGGGGGAAAAUAAAUCUUUCGAACGAAGGAAGAGAAUAGAGAAAGGAAAAGAGAGAGAAGUAGAGAAACAAAUCCUGCGGAAAGCCUACGAAAGGAAGGAAGAGGGAAAGAAAGAAAAAACAAGGAAAAAAAAAGGGGAAAACGGCGAUACCUUCCGUGCCACAAACAGCUCGAGUGUCAUUGCUGGAUUAUGUCAAGUGCCCCAUCUUAAUCAAAACCCCUCCGCCAUCAGCCACAAAGACGAAAGUCGACCACUGCUCGCGGGAAGCGA